AUGUCAUUUGUAGCAAGCGCCAGGUCCGCGGCCGCGCGACGGCGCCGCCUGGUAGCCCCGGGCCUCACGACUCGGCCUGGGUAUUCCGACUUCACUCAGGGUGAUGGCUGGGGCGAGGGCGAUGUCGACGAAGACGAGGGAUGCGACCAAGUGGCCCGCGACCUGCGGGCAGAGUUCUCAGCCGGGGCGUCCUCGGAGCCCAAGAGGGCCCCGCGACUCCCAGGAAUCGGGGACGGGUCGCCCGUCCUGCCCGAGAAGCGCAACAGCAUCUUCCCGGCCACUGCGGCCACCAGAAGCCAGGCUCGGCGGUGGCCUGUCCAGGUCCUCUCCAUUCUGUGUUCGCUGCUCUUCGCCGGCCUAUUGCAUGCACAAAAUUUGAAAAAUGAAGAUGAUGUAGAUACUGGGCUGUUAGGGUUCUGGUCUCUGCUGACACUAUCUCUAACAGCUGGGUUCUCCUGUUGCAGCUUCUCUUGGACAGUGACUUAUUUUGAUUCUUUUGAACCAGGAAUGUUUCCGCCUACUCCUCUUUCACCUGCUAGAUUCAAGAAACUGACUGGACAUUCUUUCCACAUGGGCUAUAGUAUGGCAAUUUUGAAUGGCAUUGUAGCUGCUCUUACUGUGGCGUGGUGCCUCAUGUAGGGUAAUAUUGCUGGUGAAAGUCCUGAUUGUUUUAUAGUAACAGAAAUGAACAUUGCCUACUCAGAAGACUGAAAUGUGAUUCAGAUACAUACCGUCAUCAUCAUCGUCGUCAUUAUGGAAGACCUUAUAGAGCAUCAUUUCAGAUACUAGGCAAUGGGAAUAUUUGAGUACUUUCAAAUACUUUCUUAAAAGUAUAAGAUGUUUACCUCAUCUUUUUACUUUGGUUUAUGUAGUUUUAUA